AUGGUUCUCGAAGACGCCUCCGUGGUCGCGCGGACCGCCAGCUCUGACGAUGGGCAUUCCGAAGACGACGCCUUGGGUGCCAGCAAGCGCACCAAGCUUCUCGCCGAUGAUGAAGAGGGCGAACUGCAGCGGCGCCUGCAACAUCGCAAAACAGAGGCCGACCGCCGCAAGCGUAUCAACGAUGCCCUUCGCGACUUGCGUCGCUUGACAGGCACCCCCUCGUCCACCGAACGCUCCACCGUGCUUAUGCUUGCCGUUCGCCUCAUUGAGAAACAGCAGGCCCAAAUCGAUCUGUUGGAGCAGCGCUUGGUCAAUGCCAAUGCCAAUGUCAACGCCAAGAGUGCGAGCCCAGCCGCCCAGACCAACCCGGCCGCUUCACCAGUCACCACCACCACCACAACGCCCACCACAAUGAGUGCUGCCACUACGGCCGCCCUGGCCAGCGGACCAGCCAGCGGUGGUCACACGCCCAGCUCCGCCGUACCCUCCCCUGACACCGUAGGUAGCAACGAUACCUGUGACAGCUUCUCCAGCUUCACUGUCCCUUCCCACCACCACAGUAACCAGGACGCCACAACCACAGCGGUCGCCACCACAACCAGCACCACGACCAGCAACGCCGCUACACACGAGCAAUUUGACCUUGGCGAUUCCUGGCUCUUGGCUAUGGAUACAACGACAGACACACGUGCCGGUGAUACCCGAUCACACCCAGCCCCUGAAGCUCUCCUGGCACUCGACGCCAUUGGCAUGCCCUCGGACGCCGCCACCGCUGCUGCCCUGGGCGCUGCCGCCAGCCCAGGCGUGAUGGCAGAUCUGGGCGCCAUUGCCGCCUCAGGCUCGGACAUGAGUGAUUGGGACUUCAACCUCAACCUCAACUUUGACCUAGCCAGCGAUAUGCGUCAUCUCAACAGUGAUCCCCUCCCAAGCCGUUUUACUGAUCAGGCUCAGGCGGCCACAGGUGGCGCUGUUCCCGCCAGUCUGGAUCAGGACACCCAGUGUGCCACGCAGGGCUGUGCCAGUCUCACGCUCAAUGUAUCUCCUCAUUGUUCCCUCAAUCGACCCACGGCAGCCAUUCGCACCGGGGAGCUGCUACAGUAUGCAAGCUUGGGCCACCCACCCCUCAAUUCUUACAACCUCCCCAAUCACCUUUGCGUCUUCCUUCUCUCCACCAGCGGCAUCAUCCUGGACUGCAACGAUGCCUGUCUGCGCCUCUUUGAACUUGACCGCGACAGCUUUCUCGGUGGAUUUGUGGGUGGACUCAACCUCUUUAUGGACCACAACAUUGAUCUUGAGGGCCGCCGAGCUCUGAUUCACGGCAACAAGCACACAUGUUGCUCCGUCAAGCGCGUCCGUCGCCGACGCUCGGGCCAAGUCAUGUGGGUGCGCAAGACACUCCGUCGCAAAGGCAUGAUUCCAGAGUCCGCAUUUGGACCCAUGACUCGCUAUGCCUUUGGCAUGAUUGAGCCCGUACAACCGCCCGCCGAUGGCAAACCUUACGUGAUCGAUGAUCCUUCGUUUGUCAUUCCCGGCCCUGAACACCCGCUGUCUGAGGAAUCACUGAUUCGCAAAGCCUAUCAGUCUUCAUGA